AUGGGGAACGAACUCGCUGUUCCAUCUCGCGGAAGGGCUGGUGGACAAGAAAAAGUAGACCUUCCAGAUGUUGAUUUGAAUGAAUUUCGCUCCAUGAUGCAAAAAAUGUCCGGAAACAUGCUGGAAGAUAUGCAAGAUUUUCUGCAGAACCUCCAAAAUGUAAGCUCAAAGUUACAGAAAAAUGCCAUUAAGGACGAGGAUUUAUUUGAAAAGUUAACAGUUAAUGCUGCUUCCAUUGACUAUAUUGAUCCAAACGUGGACUCGACACCUUUGAUGGUUUGUGCAGCGCUGCAACGAAAAGAGUUAGUCAACAAACUUUUAGCAAAGGGCGCCAAUCCUAAUGUGGUCAAUAAAAAAGGUCACACUGCUCUGACUUUAGCUUGUUUGGCAGGUGAUGAAGCGAUUGUUGAACUAUUGGCAGAGAAAACAUUAGAUAUUAAUGCGGUGUUUAAUGAUGGGAACACAAAUCUUCAUGUAGCAAUUUUAGGGAAACACAAGAAAAUAGUGCGGGACUUGAUAGAUAAAGGAGCAGACAUACACAAACAAAACUAUGAAAAAGAUAAUGCAAUAAUGUUAGCUUCUGGCCGAGGAUUGAGAGACAUUGUAGCUCUACUGAUAGAUAAAGGCGCUGAUGUCAACAGCAAAGAUUUGCGACAUUGGACCCCACUGAUGUCGUGUGCACAAGGUAAUUAUUAUGAAGUAGCAGAGCUGCUAAUAGAACAUGGCGCUGAUGUAAACGCCACACAACUUUCAGGUGGAACGGCCCUGCAGAUAGCCGCAGGUCAUGGACAUGUAAAAACUGUUAAGGUUCUCCUUAAAGCCGGGGCAGAUAUUGACCAUGUCAAUAAAUUAGGACAUACGGCAUUGCUAGUGGCUUGCGCUAAAGGAAAGAUUGAAACAGUCAAAACUCUCAUUAAAUAUAAAUCAAAGAACAAGUUACCAAACGAAGAGGUCAGUAAGGCUUGGAUAAAUAUUAAAACAAAAGAUGGCCGAACAGCACUUUUUGUAAGCUCUAUUAGUGGAUAUUCCGACAUAGUCAAUUGUCUGUUACAAGCCGGUGCAGACCCAAACAUUGAAGACCAAAAAGGAUAUACACCACUGAUGUGCGCUUGUCAAGAAGGCCACUUAGAAGUUGUGGAAUCUUUACUACAAGCUAAUGCAGACGAUCUAAAAGAAAGUAACGAAGGUCUAACUGCAUUAUAUUAUGCCGUGUCUCGCGGACAUAAACACGAAGCUCGGCUGCUGUUAAACAGGAGAGACAAACCAUAUCCUAACAUCAAUAAGAGGCUUAAUAACGGAACUGGUUUACUAGAUAUGGCUGCCGCUAAAGGACACACUCAGAUAUUAAAGAUGCUGAUAGAUGCAGGAGCUGAUGUCAAUUUUGCCAGUGCUGACGGGCUAAGGCCGGUGUUUCCCUGUUCUUUAAACGGAAACAAAGAAAUAGUCUAUGUACUGACCUCAGCUGGUGCUGACGUUAAUUUGAGUGAUGAGAAAGGAAAUACGCCUCUGAUUCUGGCAUGUUCCAAUGGACACACAGAUAUCGUAACACAUCUGGUAGAAAAAGGGGCAUUGGUAAAUGUUUUAAACACAGAUGGACGAACUCCACUUAUGCAGGCAGCCUCCGCUGGUAAUGAAGAAAUUAUCGAAUAUCUUAUCGAAAGAAAAGCAGAUUUGAAUGCUGUGGAACAAAGAGGAUGGAAUGCUUUGAUGAUUGCUUCACACCCUGGUAAUAUCAAAGUAUGUACAUCCUUGAUUAAGCACGGUAUCAGCUGCGAUGCCAGAUCAAGAGAAGGUGUUACUGCACUUCACAUUGCUGCGGGACAUGGGCACUAUAACAUUGUGAAACUACUAAUUGAUAAAGAGGUUAAUGUAAAUGUUGUUGACAAAGACGGUAAUACUCCGUUGAUAAAUGCAUCAAAUAAUGGCCAUUCUUCUGUAGUUCAGUUACUGGUAGACAACAAUGCUAAUGUUGAUGCUGAGAAUGAAAAUGGUGUAUGUCCGAUAAUUUUAAGUGCUAAUGGAGGUAACGGAGAUAUCGUUGAUAUUCUAUUACUAGCAAAUGCUAAAGUAAACACUACCGAUAAGGAAGGUGCAACUCCUCUUCACAAAGCUGCAUCAAAUGGCCAUGUUCAUAUUGUCAAUGCUUUGGUAGAGGCCAAGGCAUUGAUAAACAUAACUGACAAGGAGAAACACACACCUCUGAUGAGAGCUGCUCGUAAUGGAAAUGCAGAUAUUGUCACGAUGCUCCUUGCUAAAGGGGCUGAUGUUGACCAAUGUGGAGAUAGAGGCUGGACGUCACUGAUGUUGGCUGGUCAGUCUGGAAAAACAGAAUGUAUGAGGGUGUUAUUGAGCAACAAAGCUGAUACAGAACCCAGAGAUAAUAAGGGUCAUAGCGUGCUUCACAUCUGUGCAAACAAUGGCCACAAACACGCUGUACUGCUACUCAUCGAACAUGAAGCUAACCCUGCUGUAAAAAAUAAUAAUGGAUGCAGUCCCUUGAUGCUGGCAUCUCAUAAUGGUCACACUGAUAUUGUCCAAUAUUUACUUCAACUAGAAAAAGUAAAAAGAAAAGUAAAUGAGACCUUAGACUGGAAGGAAUAUAAAAGUGGAGACACAGCACUUAUCAUGGCUGCCAGACGUGGCCAUACAGCCAUAGCUAAAGCUCUGAUAGAAGCUGGAGCUUCUGUCGAUGAGAAGAAUAAACACCACAGCACAGCCCUCAACAUUAGUGCUCAAAAUGGGUAUUCCAAGAUCGUUGAUGAUUUGCUGGUAGCAAAGGCUAAUGUAGACCUACCAGAUUUAGACGGAGAUACGCCUCUGUUAUCUAGUGCACUAACAGGACAAGAUCACGUCAUUCAAUCACUAAUACAAGCUGGAGCUGACAUGUUUGUAAAAAAUAAAUCUGGGAAAACAGCUUUAGUGGUUAGCGCUGAGAAAGGCCACCGUCAAACAGUGAAACUACUUUUAGAAAAAGGUGAAAACAAACACAGUCAAGAAGAUCUGCAAAACGCGAUGUACAUAGUCCACCGAUACGGAUUUACUGACAUUCUGUCUAUGAUUGGGGAAAUGACUGGACAGGAAUUCAAGAACGAUGGUGCUCCUGAUUUCGGAAUAACACUGCCAGAGGAUAGAGUGACUCUGUUUUCGAAUCUUCCUUGCUCAAAAGGAUUACCAGAUUCUUCAAAAGUUAUCAUUAAUGAGUAUAAUUCACGCUCCGUUGAAGUACAUACGACUAAAGAUGGAAAGACAGUCAACAUUGUUAACAACAUCAAUAUUCAACAAGUGAAUACAAUGACGUCAAUUAUGGGCGAGAACAAUAAAAUUACCAGUGGAAGUGCUGAAGGAGGAAUACAGAACCAAGAAAGGUCCAUGAAUGAUUUCAAGUUAACAAGCGAUGGUAGAAUGAGUCUGUUCACCCCAAAUUCAGAUUGAAGUAUAAAAUAAUUUAUUUGGCAGUCAGAAAUCACAACCUAAUUAUAUUUUUGUUUUCCUUAAAACGUAUUCCUAGAAUCAAAAUUACAGCAGCUUAAAAAGAACU